CAGAACACACCAUCUGUAAACAUGGCGUCCGACUUCAGGUGGAAGUGUGCGGUACUCCUGCUUUGCACGUAUUUACUUUGCAUUUUAGCGGCUGACGGCAACGAUAAGCCUAAGAAAAAGAAAGAUAUCCGAGACUACAACGAUGCAGAUAUGGCACGGCUCCUGGAACAAUGGGAGGAGGACGACGACAUCGAGGAAGGCGACCUCCCCGAGCACAAGAGGUCUCCUCCUCCCAUCGAUUUCUCCAAGGUAGACCCCUCCAAGCCGGAGGAGCUGCUGAAGAUGUCCAAGAAGGGCAGGACUCUGAUGGUCUUUGCGACGGUGUCGGGGGAUCCCACUGAGAAAGAGACGGAGGAGCUCACGGGCCUGUGGCAGGGUAGCCUCUUCAACGCCAACUUCGAUAUUCAGAGAUUCGUGGUGGGCUCCAACAGGGUGAUCUUCAUGCUGCGGGACGGCAGCAUGGCCUGGGAGGUCAAAGAUUUCCUUGUGGCCCAGGAACGCUGCGCCGACGUCACCGUGGAGGGACAGGUGUUCCCCGGGAAGGCCGCCAAGAAGGAUGACGGCAAACACAAGCAGCAGAAUGAAGUCAACGCCAAAAAGAAGGGCAAGAAGAAGACGGAGAGCAAAAAUUCAGAUUUGGAGGGGAACAGGGCCAGCCAUGUGAAACAGGAGCUGUGACGGAAUAACGUAGAAGAAGAAUCACAGGUCCUCUUUUCUUCCGGCCUUAAGACACGCUCGUUCUCACCACCGAUCUGUGAGCAAUAAACUCAUAAGGGGCUGCAGGACCACGUGCUGGUUCAGAGUCGGUGGUAUGAGUGAACUAAUAACCCGGACUGCUCAGCUGGUAUCAUAAUUCAGAGUUUUACUCCACCUCUCCCUCAUUGGUACAGUGGAAAGCACAUUCUUGAAAUCAUUGUCACAGAGUGGUAACAAGCUCUUUAAAAUCACCUGUAAUGUCAGUGCUGUCUGGUUUCUUUAGUUAUUUUCUGUUGAUCAGUUAUCACCGAAUGAAAACCAAUACGAGCACAUUUUGUUUAAUAGUACUCAAGGUAAGCAUUAGUAAUUGUUCUUCUUUGCCCUGUUCGAUACAGACAUGGAGUGAUUCAGCAGACCUCCUGGUCCUGGUCUGUUCACAUCCAGCAGCACGUCAAGAUUUGAUACAAAAGUAGCACCCACGUUUUCUGUUUGAUUUUUCACUGAAAAUAAAAAAUAUUUUAUAUAA